AUGUUUAACAACCAAAAAGUUAUUAAAAAAUAAAUGUUAAUGUGUUCAAAAAGUAAUUGCAAGAGAAUAGUGUAGGUUGUGUUUGUGAUAUUUUUUGGUUUCCGCUUUUAUCAAUAUGGCCGCCAGUUGUUUAGAGUAAUGUGGCGUUCGACAAAUCUGAGUGAAAUUAAGAUUUAUACUACCAACGUAAAGAUGCAUAAAGUUUUCAGCGUUUUAUAGCAGUGUUUCAUGAAAAGGCAAUAUUACGAAUAUUUUGACUUGAAAAUUUUGAAUGCAUACAAAUUGCCUUUGAAACUGAACAGUCAACAAACUUUUGUUUGUUGCAUUCAAGAGGAUUUAUUUAUUUCUGUUGGGAAUAUUCGAUUAUGAACCAUCCAUAUUACUCCUGAAAUAGUGGUACCAAGGGCUGAAGUUGACACUUUAGGUUAUGGCAAACUUGAACUUUCAGCAAGCACCUAGAAGCCUAGCAAGUGGUGUAGGAGGGGUCAGUGUGAGUGGCAGAGUGACAUCAGGGCUGGUUAGCGGAGUCUCGGGCCAUGUGACACCGACAUUCGGCGGGGCGCUGUCGCCCGGCCGAAACUCCACAGCGAUGCCGGGAGGCGCUCCACCCACAAUGGCCUCGAGGUCAACGUUAUUUGGUCAACGAGCCUUUGCGGAUAGAAGAGUACCAAUACCCACACCUUUAUCACAAGCUAAUUCUAAUUCUAUGUCAAGUAUGGGUAAUCUAUCGAGGUUUAACGCGAGCAGUAACUACCACUCUGUGUUCGGCGAGGGCGGGGACACGUCGACGCCGCCGCUGCUCGACCUCAGCGAGUUCCCCUCGCUGACGGCGCGCGGCGCGGGGGACCAGGCGCCCGCCGCCGCGCCCCCGCCGCCCGGCUCCAAGCCCUACGUUGGUAUGGUGAAGCAACCAACGUCCGAGCAGUCGGAGUUCACGAUGUCGUCGGAAGACUUCCCCGCGCUGCCGGGCACGAGUACAGGGGGCGCGGCGGGCGCGACGGGCGCGACAGGUGCGACGGGCACGACAGGCGCGGUAGGUGCGGGGGUCGCGACGGGCGCAGUGCACGCGCCGCCCCCUCAGCCCCCCACGCCGCAGGCCCUCGACUACGUCAACCACAACGACGUCAAGCCCAGGAAGGGCAUACAGACCUCGCCCGAUGGCAAAGUGACGAAUAUACCGGAGACGAUGAUACCAAACCAGUUUGGUAUAGUGGGACUGUUGACGUUUAUCCGUGCUGCGGAGUCCAACCCGAGUCUGGUCUCGUUAGCUUUAGGUCAGGACUUGACCGCACUCGGAUUGAAUUUAAACUCACCCGACAACCUUUACCUUACGUUUGCCGGACCCUGGGCCGACACGCCCUGCAGGCCACAAGAUUUGGACUACCAUGUGCCCCCCGAAUAUCUGAUAAAUGGAGCUAUUAGGGAAAAAUUGGCACCACUACGACUGAGUCGAUAUAAGGAAGAUCUAUUGUUCUAUUUGUUUUACUGCUUCGUGGGCGACGUGCUACAGAUCGCGGCGGCGGCAGAAUUAUACAACCGCGAGUGGCGGUAUCACACGGAGGAGAAGGUGUGGAUCUCGCAAGCGCCCGGCAUGCCCAUGGUGGAGAAGACGUCCACAUACGAGCGCGGCACAUACUACUUCUUUGACGCGCACAACUGGCGAAAGGUCGCGAAAGAAUUCCACCUGGACUACAGCAAGCUGGAGGGGCGGCCGCAGAUGCCGCAGCUGACGCCGCAGCACCUGCUCACGUAGCGCGCGCCCACAACAUCUAUUGUAGUUUUGUUAUAUAAAAAGUACAAGUUAAAA